AAGGUAGAGCCUAACUUGCCAACAGGAACUAUAAGAUAGAUAAAAGUUCUAGUUUAUGUAACAUUAUGCAUAGGUUUUUAUACCCACAACACAAUCCCUCUAAGACACAAGGUUGUGUAGCCCCCGGCCAAGUGUGUGUCCUGUUUUUCAUAAUCAGUUUAUUUUUCAUACUCCUGUUCUUUCCUCACUUCAGUAACCUUAAACAGCUUCCUGUCCAGGGAAGGGAAGUGAAUUGACUGUGUGUGCGUGUGUGUGUGUGCGAUGUCCUACUGUGGAGUCACCUGUCUACAGCAGGAAAUCCUGGACCCUGGGCACAACAAUGGUGACAGGCUCGUCUCCAGACGCAGAUGGCUUCGCUGUCUCUGACCGGCCACAUUGCAUCCCUGCAUGCAUCUGACACUAUGUGACACUUCACACACACACGCAUGAUUAGGCCCAACUACUGCAGCUAACCAACACUUAGAAACUCACUGUAUCCCCUUUCUCUCCUGAUAUCUCGUAGUUUGUCGGACGCCGUUUCGCUGUCAUGGUUUUUUUUUUUUUUUUGGAGCGCACACACCUCUUGUUCCGAGCCCUAAACACAUCCUUUCUCCUCUCUUUUCAGAACUUCCCCUCGUUUCCCCCCAUCCUCCCUGUCAGCACAAAGUGGGCUUACGUUUUUGACUGACAACCACAACAGACACCUCCACCCAACCUCCUCCCCUCCACCCCCAUUUUAAUCCCCUCCCCAUCCGUCUCUCCCUCCCUCUCUUCUUCCUCUUUUGUUCUGAGUGACGCUUGAAAGCCGCCGUGUCAGCAUCUUUUCCAUCUCUGAUUGCCUUAUUAGCCGGCGGUGGCACCCGCAGCUUUUCUGACACAGAUGGUGAAGGAGGAGACCCGAGUGGGAAAGGGGAAAAAAAGAAAAAUGGCUGACUUGAGUUUGUUGUUGUUGCUCUCCCCUCCCACCACUUCUCAGGCUUGUUUACGUGGACACUGACACCUCAAGCUGACGCUGACACACUCCUGACACUGAUGCCUGUCAGGGCAACACACGGAGGUUGACGGGAAACGGCCAGAGUUUAGUGUCGGUGUGCUUUUUGUGCGCUUGUACUGCUGUCAGGUUCCUCUCACUUUGUCAGCAAGGCUGUUUUGUCUUUAACCGCUCUCACCACAUUGACUUUGAAUAGGUUCCACUUUGCACGUUUUUUAAUACAGUGGGCUGAAUCUUGAUUGGGGGUUGAAGGCAAGCUUCACGGCUGCUCUGGGAAAAGGUUCAAAAUGUCCGGGUUUCCGUGAAUAACGCCCGCGUGCAUUUAAGAGCAGAACUUGCACAGGGAUGCACAGAUUAAUUAAUGAGAGGUUUUACUUUGAGCAUAGACACGCAUGCAGCAGGGAGAGUUGCAGCUGUUGGACCUCCAGCUUUUCCCAGGCAGCAGUAACUGGCACCUCACGAACAUCAGCUUAUGGACCUGAAGACGAAUUUAAAGCGGACAAGACUGAUGAAGAGGAGCACCUGCAGGAUGACGGCCUUUCACUGGAUGGGCAAGAUGCAGACUUUCUGUUCAAUGAGGAGGAGGAUGGAAGAGAUCACUACAGCUCCCAAAACUCUCCACUCAGCAAUGGUACCAACCCAGAUGCUGGCUACGCCUCCCCACUUAGCACCAACAGUGAUCAGCUGGGGGACCUUAAGAAUUUGUCCUCCUUUAGUGAUGGUCAGGACAAGACGGAGGAAAAGAUAGGGGAGAGUGCAGAGUCCAUCAACGGCCUCUCGCUACAGGACAGUCUGACGAAAAUGAAAGCCGUCUAUGCAAAUCUGAUCUCAGAUGCCUCCUGGUCCAGCAUCGCUCUGGACAUGCUCAAAAGUAAACAAGGGAACAAUUUCUCCACUAGCAAUGGAAAUGGUGGCAGUCACAAAGGGAGCAAUGGGUUUCUGACCAGUCACAGUCCGAGCAGCAUUCACGGGAAGAGCAGAUCUAGCAGCAGCAACACCUCGGCAACCACUAACACCAGCAGCACCACUACAAGAACAGCUUCGAGCAGCAGCAGCACUGGCACCAGUGUAAGUUUGGGCAACACAGGAGGAUUAACCUAUGACUGGCACCAGGCAGCACUGGCCAAAACCUUACAGCAUACACCCUACCAACUCCUUCCUGAGCCAAGCCUGUUCAGCACAGUGCAGCUCUACAGGCAGAACAAUAAGCUGUAUGGCCCCGUGUUCACUGGGGCCAGUAAGUUCAGGUGUAAGGACUGUAGUGCAGCCUACGACACUUUGGUUGGUCUGACGGUACAUAUGAAUGAGACGGGCCACUACCGUGACGACAAUAAGGACACGGAGGAUGAACGGAGCAAGAAGUGGUCCAAGCCACGGAAGCGUUCCCUCCUGGAGAUGGAAGGCAAGGAGGACGCCCAGAAAGUUCUUAAGUGCAUGUACUGUGGUCACUCUUUUGAGUCCUUGCAAGACCUCAGUGUUCACAUGAUCAAAACAAAACACUAUCAGAAAGUGCCUCUAAAAGAACCGAUGCCAGCUCUUGCAUCGAAGCUGGUACCUCCGACCAAAAAAAGAGCAUUCCAAGACUUGAUGUCCCCGAGCUCACCAGAGUCUGUCUCGUCUGGGAUCCUCCUGGGAGAGUCCCCCAAAGACCAAAAAGUGGCCAAUCCUUAUGUCACCCCCAACAAUCGAUACGGUUACCAAAACGGCGCCAGCUACACUUGGCAGUUUGAGGCACGCAAGGCACAAAUCCUUAAAUGCAUGGAGUGCGGCAGUUCGCACGACACUUUGCAACAACUGACAGCUCACAUGAUGGUCACAGGACACUUUCUCAAAGUAACCAAUACAGCUUCUAAAAAGGGUAAGCAGUUAGUUUUUGAUCCCGUCAUUGAGGAGAAAAUUCAGUCGAUUCCUCUUCCACCGACUACCACACGUCUCCCAGCUUCCAACGGGAAGUCGCAGCCUGGCUCCCCAGUGCAGUCUAACAGCCCUGAGGAUAAACACGAAGAAAAGAAAGAUCAUGAGAUGGAAGAAGAGGACAUAGAAGCUGGGGAACCCGAGACAAAAAUAAAGGAGGAAAAGGAAGAUCCUCCUGGAAAUGCCGAAAAACCUGCAAAGACAAGAUCUUACCAGUAUUUGAGAGAGGAAGAUUUGGAAGAGACGCCUAAAGGUGGCUUAGAUAUCCUAAAGUCUUUAGAAAAUACAGUUUCAAGUGCAAUCAGUAAGGCUCAAACAGGCACGCCUACCUGGGGUGGAUAUCCCAGUAUCCACGCUGCCUAUCAGCUUCAUGGCUCCUUGAAGUCCACCUUGCCUUCAUGUGCACAGGUUCAACCCUUGUUCAGCAGCAAUACCUUAAAGGUGCUGUCUUCUGAAAUGGGGCUGAUCCAUUCACCAAAUAGCCCAUCUCCACCUCCAAGUCACAAGAGCAAUGUGCUGGCCAUGGAGGAGCUGGUGGAGAAAGUUACAGGGAAAGGUUCUGUAAAUAUUGAAAAAGAUGAAAGAUCUGUAGAGAAUAAGUGCACGUUUGCAAAGUCGCCAAAUCCAAAGGACAAACAGACUUCAUUCAGUCCUGAAAAUCGGCUAAAGAAAAAUACUGCAGCAGAAAACCAUACAGAGUCAAGAGGCAAAGAGGGAGAACAGACAAAGAGUAAAGCGGACAUACAGAUUAAGAGCGAGUCAGAUUCACCCAAAAAGGCUGCAAGUAAUGGCUGCAAUAACCUGGGCAUCAUCACCGAUCAUUCCCCAGAACAACCACUCGUUAACCCUCUCAGCGCUUUGCAGUCUAUCAUGAACAACCACUUGGGGAAAGCUUCUAAGGUCGCCACCCCCUUCAUUGACCCCUUCGCAAUGCUGUACAAGCUCAAUAGCGGCUCUGCUCAGGUCAAGGCCACAGAGCCUAGGAGUCAGUACCAUGAAGACGAUGACGAUCAGCCCAUGGACCUGACCAAAUCUAAAACCUCUAAUGGACGUACAGCUUCUCCACCAAACAACAACAGUGUUAACAGCAAAGCAGCUAUCAGAGGCUUCCCUCAGUCUUCAUCCCCGCCCUCACGAGAGAAUGCUUUGAUGGAUAUUUCAGACAUGGUGAAAAAUCUGACAGGUCGUCUGACCCCAAAGUCUACAACUCCAUCGUCUAUCUCUGAGAAAUCAGAGGUCGACGGCAGCACCUUCGAGGACGGCUUCGAGGAGCUGUCUCCCAUCCAGCGUCGGAAAGGCCGACAGUCCAACUGGAAUCCGCAGCAUCUGCUGAUACUCCAGGCCCAGUUUGCCUCGAGUCUUAGGGAGACGUCUGAUGGAAAGUUUGUGAUCAAUGACUUGGGACCACAGGAGAGGGUCCACAUUUGUAAAUUCACUGGCCUCUCCAUGACUACUAUCUCACAUUGGCUGGCCAAUGUAAAAUACCAGUUAAAGCGUACAGGAGGCACAAAGUUCCUAAAGAACAUUGACUCGGGCCAGCCUCUCUUUCUGUGCAGCGAUUGUGCAUCCCAGUUCAGGACUCCCUCAUCCUACAUUCACCAUUUGGAGUCCCAUCUGGGGUUCACCCUGAAGGACCUCUCAAAGCUGUCCAUAGACUUACUAGAGCAGCAGGCGGUGAGCAGGAUAGAGGACAAAACAUUCAGCUCCCCUGCUCUCACAGAAGAGGACGCCGGCUCCAUAAACCAGUGCAAACUGUGCAACCGGACAUUCGUGAGCAAGCACGCCAUCAAAUUGCACCUUUGCAAAACACACGGGAAGUCGCCAGAAGACCAUCUAAUCUUUGUAAAAGAGAUGGAGAAGUUUGACAAACCGUGAAGUGGGAUAAGGCAAAUAGCAUGAUAGGUUUCUGUUGCACUAGAACUCUUAAGCUACGUUCUGUCACAGCAGGUAGUGCCACAACUGUAUUAAGCAUUUUUACAGAAUAUAUUGUAAUGGAAACAUGGUAGCUUUAAUACCAUAUACUGUCAUUUCUCAGUUAUCAUAAAUGGUGGACGUUUAAACUGCAGAGGUUCGAGGCUGGGCUACAAAGAGUGAAUCGUGGGUGACACAAAUCUAGCAAAGUGGUGCAGCAUUCGCUGGCUGGCCCUUCGUUUCCUCAUGCACUGCGUCUCCUCUGAGCCAUUAGCAAAAGUCCAUCCAUUGUUUUAAAACCGAUCGCUGUUUUUGAAUUUUAAUUUUUUCGAUAGCUCUAUUUCAACACAACUUGCAUAUUAUUUAUGAGGCAGUUUGUGCAUGUUUUUAUUAUUUCAGUGUAAAACAGUGAGCAUAUUAUGUCUUAUGAAGUUUAACCCACGUCAGCGAUCAGCUGACGGCCCUGUGUAAUGAUCUCUGGAUGCAGUUGAUAAUAUUUAGGUAUGUGGUGAUAAAUGAAGCCAUGUGGAAGCUGAGGUUCUAAAAUAUUAAGAUGAUUUCAGCACUUUAAGGAAGUGUAAAUUGGUGGAGAAAUGUAUGUGUAAAACAACAAACAUCACUCGUUUGAGGAUAAACUCUUACAACAUGGCAUUUUAAGGGAUUAUCAUGGUUUAUGUUUUCCAUUAAAUCGCAGAACUUUGUUUUUCUAGUUGAGCCUAAUUUCCUGGUUGUUUCAACAUGUACAGUAUUUACGUUCGUAGGCUACCAAUGAUUUAUUAAUGUGAAACUACAGUUGUACAAUUAAUGAAGUUUAAAACUUAAUGUAUGAAUACUCAGCAAGUGUGUAUAAUUAUAUGUUAGCAUAUCUUGCUCUUUAACGUUCAACAUUAUUUGUACUGUGUGCAUUUUUCUAUAAGGUUAUUUUCUAGACGAACGUGGGGACAAGUGUAAAAAGCGACAGAAUAUUGUUGGACCACAAAGAACCUUUUCAGUGAAAACUAGGUCCUUCAGCUCGGUUUACAUACAGCGACAGAAUCUUCCUGGCAUCGGCUCUGAUGCGCGGUACUGUACAUAGCACUGGGAAAAAGCAAAUCUCCAGGUUUUAUCAUCAUCAGAAUGACGUUCUUUUAUCCUGAGUUGUAAAAUAAACACCAUGUCUUGGAUUAAA